AAUCGCAGGCGUUGUGACGUUAAGCAUUCUACCUGGAAGAUGAAGGAUGGAAAAUCCAGGAAAUGUACACAAAAAACUGCCGAAAACGUGCUUCUAAAAUGAACGCGUUAUUGCUGUUGAUGACUAGAGAACGGCAUGGUCAACAUAGACAACAUAAUGCUUCCUGUAAAAUUCUUCGAUCUCUAAUUUGUGGCGGUAAUUAUUCCUACAAAAAAGUUUGGCAGAAGAAUUCAGACAAAAGGAUUGCAUGUGAAGGAGGCAAAAUAUACUUCGAUAACUUUCGGAUUUGGUAUGGAGGGUAUAAUUUAAAGAAUGAACCACAGUGUUUACAAGUAAAUCAACCUCGUGGCCCUAACAGAAAGAUAGAGGAUGCUCUCGUAGCCUGCAUUCAUUCGGAGUGCCUUCCCUUGUCCAAUGACGGUCACAAAUCUAGCUUGUUUUGUUUGGAGAAAAAGUGGUUGUUACGCUUUGUUUUGGAGAAAAAGCGAGUGUUACCUAUAGAAUCUGUCUUUCUCUCUCCAACUCACAAAUUCAGUGAUAUUUCAUGGAAUGAACCACAGACCUCCCUUGUCUUGCGCACAACACACAACUCACGACCUUAUCAACAUGUCAGACAGGCAGGUGCUCCUGUGCCCAUAGUGAUGCUACUGGCUGUCUUUGAGGUGUGCCCACUGAAAUUUGUAGGCAUGCUUAAGAUAACAGAGGAAGUUUUCGGUAAGGACGUGGUACACGCAGUGAUAUCCCAGGGUCUCCUCAUCACCAUGCAUCAUUCAGGAUGGGUCAGGAUGUACAGCUUUGAUCGGAUUGUAGAAAAGUAUCGCAGGUUUGAAGCGAAACUGUUUGAGGAGUUCGAUACAGAAGGAAACAUUUGUGGGGAGAUGCCCUGUGGACUGCCAUGUAAUAUACAGAUCACAGAGUGUCCCCCUGUUCUGUUUGAGGUGCGAUGUGCCCAGCACAUUGUAGAUGUCGGUGGAUUUCCCUGGCACUACCUUACCUCUCCCCACAGUACCAGUCAGAGCUGUUUCCAUGUCCGUAAUCUCACCACUGGUCAGUUGGCCCAAAAUGGCACCUUAGCAAUGGAUGUAACUAACCUAGAUACAGACAAGGCCAGUUUCUAUGGCGAUGACUCGGGGAGAAUACUUUAUGUUGGGGCCACAGACAUCAGACUUUUUAAAUUUUCCGUUGACGACAAGGGAUGCAAAGUUGAUAAGGAUUUCUCCGUUGACUUAUCAAGGAAUACAAAAGUGGAGGAAGCUAUGUAUACAUCAUCUGGUCGUAGCAUCAGACGUAAAGUAUCAACAACUGAACUCAGGGAUACUUCAGAAAUGACGAUACACAACGUGGAUUACGAGGACGAUUUGGACCUGCUGUAUACCAGUGCUGUUUACCAAGACCCUGAGGGGACAUACAACAUGGUGAACCUCUACCAUAACACCACUGGAGCCUUACUGCGGGCAGUACGUCUCGAGGAACCCUGGCAGGAGGUCAGCAUCACAGGAUGUACUUCUGUUUAUGAGCACCGUGUCAUUUUGGAUUUAGAUACCAUUAUAAAGGUAGUGAAACCGUCCCCAGGCCGUUUCUGUUGUAUAGUGUACAGACUAUGCUCCAACAUAGAAGAUCAGGAAACAAAACACAAAUCUACCUCCAAACAUCAUAGACCUGUACGUAGGAGGAGGUCAAGGCGAUGAGUCACUGUCCAUCUAAUAAAAGAGAGAUAGUCCACCUCCAAACAUCAUAGACCUGUACGUAGGAGGCGGUCAAAGCGAUGAGUCACUGUACAUCUAAUUAAAGAGAGAUAGUCUACCUCCAACCAUCAUAGACCUGUACGUAGGAGGCGGUCAAAGCGAUGAGUCACUGUACAUCUAAUAAAAGAGAGAUAGUCUACCUCCAAACAUCAGAGACCUGAACAUAGGAGGAGGUCAAGGCGUUGAGUCACUUUAUAUCUAAUAAAAGAGAGAUAGUCUACCUCCAAACAUCAUAGACCUGUACGUAGGAGGAGGUCAAGGCGAUGAGUCCCUGUACAUCUAAUAAAAGAGAGAUAGUCUACCUCCCAA